CUGUUGUUUAAACAUAAAAAUACUGAAGAAAAUGACAUCCCAAGUCCUAAUAUCAAUGCAAAUAACUACCAGUGUUUGCUCGAGGAGGAGGGGGAACCCUGGAGGGGAGACUGUAGCCUUUGGUACAUCAGUCUGCAACAGUCAAAGAAACUUGAACGGCACGUUUAUUGGGAGAAAAACAUCAGCUGACACCAAUUUUCUCGUUUUGAUUUCAAAACUUCAUGUUUUCAUGGUUUCCCUCAAACUCUGAACAGAAUGAGGAUGCUAAAGAGAGCCUCUGCACUCAUCCUGAGAAGAGGGAUCACAACUUAUCAGAGCAGAUUGUGCAAGAAUGACAGCUUCUUCAGAGUUCAUCCAUCUGUAUCUCAGGCGCUGGCAGAAAACAAACCAGUGGUUGCACUUGAGAGUACUAUUAUCACACAUGGCAUGCCCUAUCCCCACAACCUGAGCACAGCAAAGGAGGUGGAGGCAAUAGUGAGAGCUGAAGGAGCCACCCCAGCCACGGUCGGAGUGAUCGAGGGUAAAAUCCAUGUUGGUCUGUCCUCAGAGGUGCUCGACCACCUCGCCCGCUGCAAGAGCUCCCUGAAGGUGUCCCGUCGUGAUCUGCCCUACGUCAUCAGCAAAGGGCUCUCUGGGGGAACAACAGUGUCAGCCACUAUGAUAGCAGCACACCGAGCUGGCAUCCCUGUGUUUGUCACAGGGGGCAUCGGAGGAGUUCACAGGGACGGAGAGAACAGUCUGGACAUCAGUGCAGAUCUGACAGAGCUUGGCAGGACUCCCAUUGCAGUGGUCUCUGCUGGUGUUAAGUCUAUUCUGGACAUCGGUCGGACCCUGGAGUUCCUUGAGACACAGGGUGUCUGUGUAGCCACUUAUGGAGCGUCAAAGAAUUUCCCAGCCUUCUUCUCUCCACAAAGUGGAUUCACUUCUCCAUACCAAGUCUGCAAUCCUGAGGAAGCUGCAAAACUCAUUGCAAGCACUCUGUCACUGGGUCUCCAAAGUGGUGUACUGUUAGCGGUCCCCAUCUCAGAGGAGCAUGCAGCAACCGGUCAGCAGAUAGAGGAAGCCAUACAGGCCGCAGUAACAGAGGCAAGUGCUAAAGGUAUAACAGGAAGAGACGUGACACCGUUCAUUCUUCAAAAGGUCAAUGAGCUGACUGAAGGAAAGUCCCUUCGGGCCAACAUUGCUCUCAUUCAUAACAAUGCUAAAGUUGGCAGUCAGAUAGCCUGUGCACUGUCAAAACAAAUGACUGGAAGAAAGUUAAAAGAAAAGACUCAUCAUCAUGCAAAACACUCAGAUAUUGUUGUCAUUGGAGGAAUAAAUGUUGAUUUUAUUGCUAAAGGGAAGACGAAAACACUUCAUUUUGGACAGACCAACCCAGGAAGUGUCUGUCAGUCAUUUGGUGGUGUAGGACGGAACAUUGCUGACUCUCUGAGUCGAUUAGGCAGUAGCCUCCUGUUCAUCUCAGCUACUGGUGCUGAUUCACACAGCGAAGCAGUGUUGAACUAUUGUAAACAUAUGAACACAAGUGGUGUGGCCAGGCUAGAAGAGCAAAGCACAGCAACUUACUGUGCUGUUAUCACUGAGAGUGGAGAACUGAGUCUUGGAUUGGGAGACAUGGACAUUCAUCAGCAGAUCACAGAGCAAUAUGUGUCACAGUUUGAGAAGCAGCUUUCAUCAGCCACUAUUGUGUGUCUUGACGGAAACAUUCCCGUCUCCACCAUCGACUAUGUUUGCUCUAUUGCAAAAAAAAACAAUAUAAAUGUUUGGUAUGAGCCAACGGAUUCAGAAAAGGCUUGUAAGCCUUUCCUGUCAGACGCCUGGAAGUCUCUGUCCUAUUCAUCUCCAAACCUGGCAGAGUUGUGCACCAUGAACCAAACACUGGGUAUCCCAACACCUGAAGUGCUGCCGAGCUCUCUGGAGGAGGUGCUGAGUGUUGCUGUGGCUCUCUCACGCCCCCUACUGGAGCAUCUCCACUGCCUGGUGGUGACUCUGGGGGCUAAUGGAGUGCUGGUGUGCGGAGAGCAUGAUGCAGGCUCGGUCAACCUGCAGCCAAGAAAACAGAAGAGGAGGAGGCAGCUUUGUGCUGUCCACUACCCAGCACUGACUGUGACAGCAGAGGAGACAAUGAAUGUCUCUGGAGCAGGAGAUAGUCUGGCAGGUGCUUUAAUGGCUGGGAUUCUCCAGCAGCGAGACACAGACAGCUGUGUUCGGAUGGGGCUCCUGGCUGCACGGUUGUCCCUGGUGUCACUGCACCCCAUCGCCCCCACACUCACCUUAGACUCUGUGGAUCCCAACAAAGUCCAGACUCACUGGCCCAAACCCAGCUUCAUGUGGAUAGCUUAAACAUAUUUUCAAAUAAUUUUGAAGCAUUGCUGAAAAAAUCUGUGAAGACUGGUUGUAUUAUGCAUUGGUUUGUUUAUUUUAUCAUUUUUAGCCUUAAUAUUUGUGAUUGGAUUCUUGAAAAAAACAGCAUGUAAAAAACGUGAGUGAGUAAAUGAAUGUAAGCAGAUGACAUGGUUUUACUAAAAUCAUUUAAUUCAAAUUUUAUUUCAUAAUGAAAUCAAUGUCCAUAGUAAUUGAUAAAUAAAUUAACUACCCUUUCUUAAACUUUGCUUGAGUUCAUGAUUGCAACUCCUUGAUUGCAAGAUGUUUUGAUUUCUCAUAAUAAAAGAAGGUUAUAACAGCAGAUGGAGGAAGUACUCGGGUCCUUUUCUAGUAAAAUACUCCAUUACAAAAUUGUAUAGGCUAAUGUUGCUGCUGGUCAAGGCGGGGCUCAUUUUAACUACUUAUUGUUUCUUAUUGCUACUUAUUAAUUUCUAAACAAUAUUUCCCACUGAAAUGCAGUGGAGUAAGUGCAUAGUCACUAUUUAUCACUAAAGGAGGUAACACGAUGGAGAUUGAGCCCA